ACGAGAGAGCACUUCCUGUUUUUAGCUUUUUAGCAUUUGGUGAACUCGUGGACUUACAGCUGUAGUACUGUUAUGUUGUACAAGGUAAAAUGAAUAUUCUCGGUCGCUGUAAGAAACUGGUUUCACCAGUUUAUAAAAACAGAGUUUUACUGGAACAAACUGGUGUUUUUAGAAGCGUCUGCUCGGUGUCCGAAGCUCGGUGUGACGGUUUGUGUUUACCUCGACGGUUUACAGGAAACGUGUCGUCCUGUCAGCACUGGCAUCAUGUUUCCACCUGUCACUUAAACACAAAAAGAUUUUAUUCAGAGGUGUGUAGUGAAAGCAGUAAUUCAAAGAUGAGCGCUGGCGUGUUUGAAGAGGAGUCGCAGGAGCUAGACGGUGACCUCAGGGACAGCAGUGCCCCGAGACAAAGAUCUCCUGAGACGUUCAAUCUGGAUGUGCUGGUGUCUCUCCUUCGUCAGGAAAAUGCGGUAGAUAUCUGUGUGAUUAAAGUACCGGAGCAGAUCAAAUACACAGAGUACUUCAUUGUUGUCAGCGGCAUAUCACCAAGACACCUCCGUGCAAUGGCACUUUAUGCCAUCAAAACGUACAAGUUCCUGAAGAAAGAUAGAGCUCCAAAUGUCAGGAUUGAAGGAAAGGAUGCAGAGGACUGGAUGUGUAUUGACUUUGGGAAUAUGGUGGUCCACUUCAUGCUACCAGAGCAGAGAGAACUGUAUGAAUUGGAGAAACUUUGGACUCUCCGCAUGUAUGAUGAGCAGCUGAAGAGCAUUCCCCCUGAGAAGCUACCAGAAGACUUCAUAUAUGAUGCUGAAGUCACAAAGUGACAAAUCAUCUAAGCUGUGCAUGGACUUUACAACUUCUUUGUGACUUUGGACGCAUCCUUUUCUAUCCCUGUGAGUAGAAGCAAGAGAUGUUUUUGGACAGAAAUCCCAUUUUUUUGUUUGGAAUUGACAGAAUUUAAGUGGGCUGCCCUCUCACACAAUAGCGAUACUGUAGGAAUCACUAGUUUCAUUAUGAUGCAGUAAUAUAUCAAUUCUUUGGACAACGACCCAAUAUUUCCUGAUAUUACAAAAGCCCUGUUUCCACCAAACACUUCUGGUAUGGUACCUUUGGAACCAAAAGUAAUUCUUCAGACAUGGUACCUAGACCCUAGCGUUUCAACCACAAACCGUACUCUUAAAUGUGGGCGAGG